GAUGUAGAUGUAGCCCCCGAUGCCUUCCGUUGGUUGACUUAUUACUGCUCAUCGAGGACAUCUUGCUUCCACCCCCCGCUUUCCACGUCCUUUCAUAGCAGUUUGGAUCUCUCUCAGUAGCAUGACAGGAUGAAGAGAUCUGUAUGGUGUGAGCCCGGAUCAAGCAACCAUACUAGCUACUAGUAUAUAUGCGGCAUCGUCUUACGUUGAAUCGAAUUCGCAGGGCGACCCGGGUAGCAGAAGCUGUUGCAGUUUGGUUGGUUGGUGGCUUGGUGUUUUUUUGAUCGAUUUGCAGCCGAUCUAUCGAGCACAGCACAAAAUUAUCAGCAUACCAUACCAUACCAGUAGCAGCAUGGUCACAAAUGCUGUUAGCGUCUCGUUGAUAGGGUGGUUCGUCACGCCGUUCCUCAGCAAGUCCAUCAAGGCGGUACGCAAAUACAUAGACGAGGAGAACAAAUCGCUCAAGAAUGUCACUCCCAAGCUGAAGGAGCUGGCCGACCAUCUUGAUGGCAUCAGGGUGAUUGUUGACCAAGUCGGGCUAUGUUUCAUCAAGGGGACAGAGGAGGCCUUGGAUCAUCUGUGGCGGCUCAAGCGUGCCAUUUAUGAAGCGGAGGAGAUUCUGGACCUGUACGAGAGUCUAAAGAACAAUCGUCUUUCUUGUGAGUUUGUGCAGCAAUUUACUGGGACCAAAGACUCACCUAGUCGGCUGGAGGAAGUGGUGGAGAAGCUAGGCGGACUUGGCGUGAGGACGCGGAAGUUGCUAAAGAAUUCAGACAGCAAUCCCAACAUUGUUCAUGGUUCUCCCAUCCUCCGUAGAGGCCCGUCACAAGCAAAUCCCGGGAAUGGUUUCUUCGGGUACGCCGACGAGCGUCACCAGCUACAGAAUCUGCUGAAAGGCAAGCAGAAUAAGGUUAUAGCCAUCAUAGGCCAUGGAGGGAUGGGGAAGACUCACCUUGCUCGCCAGGUAUUUGAUGCUAAUGAGCCUGGGUUUGAGGUGCGCAUAUGGGCGCACGUCUGCAACAAAUUGGAUCAAAUUGAGCUUCUGACAGAGAUAUGCCAGUCGCCCAUCAACAAGUCUGGCGCCCCAAUCCGUGCUCCAAUAAUGGACACCGUUGCUGCGCUAGAGUCCGUGGUUAAAGGUCUGUCCCAAACCUCAGGGUUGAUCAAACUACCAAAACCUUGUUUGGUCGUGCUUGAUGAUGUAUGGCAGCACGAGGACGGAUUUGCUGGGUCGACCAGCUGCCACACGCAGCGGAUCAGCCGGACUCAGAGAAAUGAGGCAUGGGCCAGUGUGCUGGCCAUGCUGAGGAGCCUUAAAAGUUGCAAAGUUGUAAUGACCACUCGAGACAAGGUUUGCUCCACAACACUCAAGGCAGAUGAAACAAUCGUCCUGGAUGGGAUCAGCCAAGACCCAAUGAAAGAGCUGCUCAAACACACUGCAAAAUCUGACCAACCUCCCCAAGAGCUUGUGCAACGGAUUGACAAGUUGAAGGGAUCCCCACGAGCAGCUCUCAGUCUUGUUCACGAGCUCAAGGAAGCAAAUAUUAAAAUUCAGGAGCAAAUCAUCCUAGGUGAACUCGACGACAAGAAUCACAUCAAAGGCCUGUAUGAAGAACAUCUAUUCACCUACCAUAACCUACCACUGCACUUACAGAGCUGUCUGGCAUUCUGCAGCGUGUUCCCAUAUAAUUGGAAGUUCCAUCCUGAAAAGUUAACCAAGAUGUGGAUAGCUCACGGUUUCAUUGACGACACGCAAGUGAAACAACACAUGCUGGCUGACCAGAAGCUGCUGGCCAUGGAGAGUGUGGCGAAAGGCUAUUUUAAGGAUCUCGUGGAUCGGUCCUUAUUCAAGAUUGACACGGAUGGCCUCUAUGUGAUCCAUGUGCACAUCCAUUCCAUGAUACGCCAGGUGUCUGGCGAUGACUGUAGGAGCAUUAGCAACGGCUCAUCAUCGGAAAUAAUCGUCCCUGCAACAGUUCGCCACUUAUCUGUGACUGCCGGCUGCCUAGCGAAGCUCAAACCAGGGCCUCCAUUGGUGGAGAGCAAUGUGAAACCUGAGGACGAAUUCAGACCGGUGCGAACACUGAUUGUCUUCACGGACAAGGGAGCUCCUUCCUUGCCUUGGAGUGACAUUCGUCAGGCAAACAGCACACUCAGAAAGUUCAAGCACGUCAAGGUACUGGAUUUGACGGAUACAGCCAUAACUCAGGUGCCUGAUAUUGUCGGUGAGCUCACACAUCUGCGGUACCUAGGUGUUCCUAACACCCUGAACCACCCUCCUGCUCAAAUUCCCAAGCUACUUCUGUUGUACAUCAACCAUGAAGCAACCAAGACGGCACCCCUGAUGCAGUCUGCGCCCCCGUACAAUCCUGAUGGCGGCGGCGCCGGCAAGGCGCCCCCGCACAAUCCUGGUGGCGGCGGCAUCGGCAUCGGCAAGGCGCCCCCGCACAAUCCUGGUGGCGCCGGCGCCGGUAAGGUGUCCCCGCACAAUCCUGGUGGCGUCAGCGCUGGUAAGGUGCCCCCGCACAAUCCUGGUGGCGGCAGCAUCGGCAUCGGCAAGGCGCCCCCGCACAAUCCUGGUGGCGGCGGCGCCGGCAAGGCGCCCCCGCACAAUCCUGGUGGCGGCGGCGCCGGCAAGGCGCCCCCGCACAAUCCUGAUGGCGUCGGCGCCGGUAAGGUGCCCUCGCACAAGGCGCCCCCGCACAAUCCUGGUGGCGGCGGCGCCGGCAAGGCGCCCCCGCACAAUCCUGGUGGCGGCGGCGCCGGCAAGGCGCCCCCGCACAAUCCUGGUGGCGGCGGCGCCGGCAAGGCGCCCCCGCACAAUCCUGGUGGUGGCGGCGGCAUCGGCAUCGGUAAGGCGCCCCCGCACAAUCCUGGCGGCGGCGGCGCCGGCAAGGCGCCCCCGCACAAUCCUGGUGGCGCCGACGCCGGUAAGGCGUCCCCGCACAAUCCUGGUGGCGUCAGCGCUGGUAAGGUGCCCCCGCACAAUCCUGGUGGCGGCGGCAUCGGCAUCGGCAAGGCGCCCCCGCACAAUCCUGGUGGCGGCGGCGCCGGCAAGGCGCCCCCGCACAAUCCUGGUGGCGUCGGCGCCGGUAAGGUGCCCUCGCACAAGGCGCCCCCGCACAAUCCUGGUGGUGGCGGCGCCGGCAAGGCGCCCCCGCACAAUUCUGGUGGCGUCGACGCCGGCAAGUCGCCCCUGCACAAGGCGCCCCCGCACAAGGCGCCCCCGCACAAUUCUGGUGGCGGCGGCGCCGGCAAGGCACCCCCGCACAAUCCUGGUGGCGGCGGCGCCGGCAAGGCGCUCCCGCAUAAUCCUGGUGGUGGCGGUGCCGGCAAGGCGCCCCCGCCCUGCAAUUUCAAGUAAAUCCAGUGAUGUUUAUCUGGAUGUUUUCUCCUUCAAUUUGUGGUGUUUGGAGGGGGGUUCCAUGAUCUUUAUUCAGAAUCUGUAAUUCAAUAAUAUAUGCUGCUCAUGCAUUGAAAAAACUUCUUUUUUAAGUUGUCACAUUUUUUUGUGACCAUAUCAAUUAUUUAUCAAUCUGUUACCAUUUUUAA